AUGUUAAUGGCCAUUGGAGUAAUAUUACAUUUGAUCAUUAACGUUAUCGGUACUUCCAUUUUUCUACUUGCGAGUUCUAAAAAUUAUCCUGGUGGUGAAGCACUCAAUUCUCUUCAGUAUUUGCGGUAUUUCAAUCAAAAUAACCCUAUGACUGUCUACAUUGAUAAUUACGCUGCUCAAACUGGUGUUAGUCGAUUCUUGGAGUUGUAUGAUACUUGGCAGUAUAAUAAAACCGAAAAUUUGGGAUUAUCGCAACUUGAAGAAUUCGACUAUUUGUUGAUUGGUUCGUACACAGAACCUAAUAUCAUCGACUUUGCCGCACGAAACUUCUCUUCUACUCAUCGUAUUUUAUUUGAUGUUAAAGCAUUCCAGUAA